AUGGCAGAAUUAAGGGAGAAGUUUACCGCUGCAUUCAGAGAUGUUCGAACUAAAAGGAUACAGUAUUACCUGGAUGAAUCAAGUCAAGUUGUCCCAGGCAAACUUACCGAGUUAGAAUGGAAGGAUUACUGUCCUGAUGUUUUCAGAAAUAUUCAAGAGAUGAACAGUGUUAAUCAUGCUGAUUACAUGAUGUUGCUUUGUGCAAAUAACAUCCUAAGGGAGGUCUCUUUACCAGGAAAAGCUGGUCGUGUGUUUGUUUUGUCAACUAAUGACCACAUUGUGAUAAAAACCCUUAAGAAAUCCGAACUGAAGGUAAUCUUGGAUGCCCUUCCAAACUACUAUUUCCAUAUGAUGAAAUAUCCAUCUUCUGUAAUCCUCACAUUGUAUGGACUUCACUCCGUAAGACAAGUUGGAGGUCUUAAGGUUUACUUUGUUGUUUUUGCAAAUCCUAUUCCACUAGACAUGAACAUACAUGACGUUUAUAAUCUCAAAGGCUCAUCAAAAGGACGAACAGUCCAAAAACAAGUAAUUGAAGAGUAUACCAUACAUAAGGAUGCCGAUUUUGAUUAUUGUUUUUACAUAAAGCCAUCAAUCCGAGAAAGAUUCCUAGCGCAAAUCAAGUCUGAUUGUGAAUUUUUAGAGGAAGAGGGCAUAAUUGAAUACAGUCUUUUGAUUGGUUUAUCGAUGCAAACUCCAUUUCAAGGUUCACUUAAUGGCAGAAGUUUCCAUUGCGUGAGUACAGGCUGCAGCAGUUCUACAGAUACAGUUGAUAGCAGAAGUUCAAACAGUGACACUAACUCUAUUUCCUCUUUACUAGAAUUUGAGAAUACUCGAUUGAGUUCUGUCAUUUGCCAAGUUCCUGAUAGUGGAGAAUUCAAAUUUGGGUCAGCAAUGCCAGCACGUGCUGUCCGGAAAAGAAUGCCAGAAACUGAAAAUGCCAAAGAACCAGAAAGCAUCAAAGUUGUAUUAUAUUUUGCGGUAGUUGAUAUCUAUCAGAGGUACACUAUGAUAAAGCGCUUUGAGCAUCUUUACAAGUCAUUACACCAUGAUCCAAAGUUAAUCUCUGCUGUAAAUUGCAAAGACUAUUCUUCUCGCUUCCAAAACUAUCUUGAACAAAUAUUUCUGCCAGAAAACUCAGAUUCUUAAACUUG